AUCUGGCAGGAGCACUAUUGCGGUGCCGGUCAGUUACAAGACUGAGCGCAUCGUUUGUUAACAAAUUGAUUGGCGAAUUAUAAUAAUAUAAAUCAAAAUAACAAUAUUUUAUUAAGAAAAUCAAAAUAAAUUAAUAUAGUGAAAUAUGGGAGCUGAAAAUAUCAUGUUAGCCUCAGUGGAAUUUGAAGUAUUUGGUGAAGUCCAAGGGUGUUUUUUUACCAAGUACUGCAAGGAGAUGGCUGAGGGUUUGGGUAUUGGGGGUUGGGUGAAAAAUACGAGAAAGGGUACAAUCGUUGGCAGGAUACAAGGGACCAAGGAGAACUUGGAUAAAAUGAUCGAGUGGCUUAGUACAAAAGGCUCUCCGGAAAGCAAAAUAGAAAAAUGUGUGCUUUCUAACUUCGAAAACGUGGCACGUCUGGCAUUUAACAAUUUUAGUAUACGUUUCUAAAAUAUUUUUUUAUUUUAUUAUACAGUGCCGCUACAGAACUCGCUACAGCUGUGUCCUCUGUUCAAAUCUCACUGAGAGUCGUCGACCAACCUUACAAAUUUAAUAUACACUUGUCAAAAUAAGGGAAACUCAAAUGUCCGUAGCUCAAUACAAUCAAUUAGUGUUAAAUAUAAUAUUUUAUUUACUUUUAUAUUAAUCUAUGACAAAUAUUAUGAUGCUGAGAAUAGAAGAUUAGACAUUACUAGAUAAGGUAUCGUUAGAUAAAUAUGGAAUUAUGUAAACGUAUACUUUAGUAGUAAUGUUUGUAUCGCAGCAUGCAUUUAUUUAUUAAAAACAAAUUUGUAUACACGCAAUUUGUGACAGAUGCGAUUAAAUACAUCGAAUACUGUUGAGUUCAUAGUUGAUAACACAUAAUGGAUCUACUUAGGUGUACUGUCUUUUGUCCAAAGGAAUUCGACUACAAUUAAUUGUAUGACGUCGUUAUUGUACUAACGGUCAUUGGCGUAUAUUUUAGCGUGUGAAUAUACGUUAGUUCAAUAAAAGGUCAAUCAUC